AUGAUACAGGAAGAAGAGAGUAGAGAGAAGGAAGGUGAAAUGCCAGACAGAACUGAAUACUACCUAGAGUCAUUACUAAGUGAUGCCUUUAAGGGGAAGGGAUUUCAGAAAAUAAAUGAAAUGGUACAAGAAAAGGAGAUUUAUCCUCCUCAGAAGUACAACAAGCAACUAUUAAACCAACUAGACAAAGUUCUAAAAAAGGAACUAGACAAAAAUGAGUUCUCAAACGUUUCCCUGUUGUUGAAGUGCAUUCAGCUAUACUGUAGAAGUGAUCCUCAAGAAGGUAUAAAUCUGCUUCUUCAGCAAGGAUUGAUACCAAAGAUGGUCACUUGGUUCGAAAGGACAAGAGAUUUUUUGAGCCUCAUAGAACCAAAAGAAAGUAAAUACUUGGUCAAUCUUGUUGAAGACUUCUUUGACACAGCCUUGAUUAUUGGCAAAAGCAACACUGAAGGCAGAAGGCUAUUGCUAGACUCCUUCGUUCCGUAUUUGGGACAUCUAGCUACUGAACCUAAUGUGACCUGUGCCCUUCGGCAAGAGGCUCUGAGGACCUUAAACACUCUGUUGGAUAAUGUUGGACGAGAGGAAAGAAAGAAAUUUGCUGUAUCUGAAGAGAUGUGUCUCCUGACGAAAGAACUUGCAAAAACAAUUCUGGAUGUUGGUGACUAUGACAUCCAGGUUGCCAUUGUGGAAGCUCUGUUCAGGCUGAUGUUGAAAAAGUGGAGAGAUGACGUUGUUCACAAUUGGUUUGAAGAUCAACACCUUGUGAAAGCUUUUAGAGAAAUCAAGGAUAGAGAUUUUGAGACGGAUAGCAGAAAAUUUCUUAAUGAACUGAAUGAAAGGCUUGGGGACAAAAGAAGAGUCUGUUCAAUUCCGUGUAAAGCUGCGCAUGCUGACAUGAAUCAGUUAAAUAAACCACCUGAUGACAAACUGGAGGAGUUCUGGAUUGACUUCAAUUUUGGAAGUGAGAGCAUUACCUUCUAUCUGGAGAACCCUGAGAGUGCGCUUUGGGAAUCAGUGAGGUUGCCAAAGGAAGAUGUCAGUAGCUACUACCUGCAAGAGGAAGAGGGAGAAAAGAUUCUUAAGGUGAUCAUGAAGAACCCCACUGCAAUCAACAAAAAAGAAGUAACAAGGAUAAUAAUUCACUUUGAUAGCCAGUUUGAUAUGUUGACGCUCCUCUUUAAAGUAAUGGGAAAGGAGAAAAUGAUGGCAGCCUUGGAUAGAGAUGCUAACAGCUACAGUGAGGACCAGCCACCACAAAAUGCAACAGAAAGCAGCCAUCUGGAGAGGAGAGGAGAUUUUGCUGGUACAGAUUCCUUAUCAGACAUCCUGACAUCACAGCUGAGCGAUCAGUCAGUUACAACUACAGCACAGAAAACCGUUCCACCUGCUGAAGCCGCAGAAGCUAGAGAGAGGCAGCAGACAGAAAAAGAUGAAUGUAGUCAAGAAGGUUCCAGUGAUGUAGCUGCGGUUGCUGUAACAUAUUUAGUGAAUACAUUGAAAGCUCCUCCAUUGCUGAGGACAAGUGCAUCGAAAGCCUCUCCACUGAAACAAAAGGAUCAGACUGCUGAGCCAAGUGUGGAAGUGGAAUCUUAUAUCCAGGCUAUAGAAGCACUCCCUUUACAGGAUGACGCCCUAGAGAAGAAAAGUGGAGCAAGAAGUUCAAGCAAACAAAUUGCAGAAGCGAAGAAAGAUGCAUAUGAAUUUGAACACUUAUCUGACCCUGUGGCGCAUGAGAUGGUCUCUGCAAUGAAGCAAAAAGUAUUUGUUGAGAAAACGACUUUACACAGGAGUUCCAGGAAAGGAAACGUGGAACUGAGCAAGUCUGAGAGAAGACUGUCUGCCAGCUACAAGAAUCAUCUCUUCUCGGAGAGCAGCCAUGAAACUCCAAGCAACGAUACAAGUGAGAGAAGCUGGAUCCUUGACUCUCAGAAAAGGCCGUUGCUAAAAACGGCUGACUAUACUCGCAAAAAGCCGAGGGUCAGAAGCAAUUUAAAAGUAUUGCCGUUAUCUUCUCCAAGUAGUGGCAGCGAUCAUCGUGCAAAGAAAGUGGGAAGUUCCACAGUGCCCAGAGAGAAGGCCAGGAGAAGAAUUGAACCAAGCACAGAGGUGCAGAACUGUGCAGCAACGCAUUCAGCUUCAUCUCCUUCGCCACCCAUUAGACAAAAUAGUUUGGAAAUGAUGGGUGCCACUUUGCCAUUAAGCAGUAAUUCUUCGCCCAAUAACUCAGACACUGGAUCAAGCAAGAAAUAUGAUGCUGCAUCUAGUACUCUACCUCUGGAAGAUAAAGUCUCCAAAUCUAAGAGGAAGCUUUCAGACUUCUCAGCUGAUCUCAUUAGGAAGCACUUAAAACGCACAGAGAGGACACCUGCAAAUGAAAAGUCUUCGAGCUUUUCUUUUAUACCGAAAAAGCUCUUUGAUUCCAUAGAGAUGGAAGAGGAAUCUCCAAAAGGCCAAAAUUUAGAUGAAUUAGAGGAUGAUGAAUUUAUCUCCAAAUUAUUUGAGGAAGAAAUUGGCGACUCGGGAGUCAUUGCUGCAUUUGAAAACUUUACGAGUGAAUUGAAGAAAACAUUUUGGUCUAGGUACAAGAGGAUGGAGGUUUACACACACAAUAUCUUGAAAGCACCUGGACAGAAUAUAUCUGCAUUAUUGAAUCGGAUCCAUCAGAGCCGGCUAAAUGAACUGGAAAGCUUCCACAAGAUUGUUGUCCAGGAACUUGCCAAUCUUGAGAAGAGAUCUCAGUUUCUCUCAAGUCUUGAGAAGGACACAAUGGAAUUUUGGACUAAGCAAUCCAACAAGCUGAACCGUAAACUGAAUGCUUUUUGCAUUCUUCAAAUGCAGAGUGUCAUUGGACAGCAUUGCAAGCCGCAGAUGUGCCUCACCUUCCUGGCCAUCACUUUGGCUUGUGACUUGCUGCUGGAGGAGCUCGGGAUACAGUUCAUGGAUUCAGUGCGGGAUGAAACGACAAGGAACCAGGAUGACAUGGCCCCAAACGUGAAGCUUGGAAAAGCAGUUGACCACAAGGAGGAGAAAAGCAAGGUUUCUGUUGAUGCUUCUGACUAA